GAGGAUGUCGCAGCGCGCGUCCACUGGAUGUGCGCUCGACCCUCGCGGGUGCAUAAAUCUGGAAAGUAUUUUAUCCGCUUUUAACGCCCCGAUAUCGGAAGAACAAGCUUGGGCCCUGUGCUACACGUUUGUCCAGUGUUAUUUUGAUCUAAGGGAUGAAGAUAAGUCCAAAGUGGUCCUUUCGACGAGCCUAAAACACGUUAUUUUGCACAAGGAUGGAUUUGUUCACCAAGACACCUUCAUCCCCAUGGACACCCAAGGGCGGAGUCGAGUCCGUGCGAGCUCCGAGGGCAAGCUGGUUUCGGAGCUGGGCGUCGUCCUGUACCGCGCCCUCGACUACAGCCUGGCCAGCGACGAGGAGCGCGACCUCUCGCCCUCGCUCAACCACCUCAUCGAUCUUAUGACCUCGGCGGAGUGCGAACGAGGAGAGACUGAUGACGAGGGCAUCGAGAGGGACUCCGGCGACUCGGAGGACGAGCUCGACCGGGCGGCCAACUUCACCAUGGCGGACGCGCUGCAGGUGUGCGAGAGCCGGCUGACGAGCAGCGGCAUGGAGGUGACCGUCUGCGAGCACUACCGGGCCGUGGUGAGGGCGCUGGUGGCCGAGGCGCUGGACCUGGUCUCGUUCCUGCAGAAGGUGGCCCUCGGGAACAAGUUCGCGCCGCACCCGUCGGAUCUGCUGAGCUCCGAGAGGGACCUGCAGGAGCUCCAGCGGGAGGAUUGGGCUCGACUAUGGAUCCAGGUGAUGCGUCAGCUGCGGGAGGGAGUCAAGCUGAAGAAAGUGGAGUACUCUUACGCCCCCAUAGAGUAUGCUCUCACCCCCUACGAGAUGCUGAUGGAAGACAUACGGUCGCGCAGAUACACCCUAAACAAAGUCAUGGUUAACGGUGACAUUCCUCCUCGGGUCAAGAAAGACGCACACACCAUCAUCCUGGACUUCAUCAGGUCACGUCCACCUCUUAGAAAGGCAUCCGAGCGUAAGCUGUUGCCGCCCCCAAGAAAGAUCUCAUCUCCAAUGGAACUGCUGAUGGAGAGCAUCAGGAAGGACCACAACCUCAAACACGUCUCAACGCCCACAAGAGCCAGACCCAUGUCGAUGGUGGAAACCCGGUCUGCGGUCCUGAACGACCCGACGCCCAAGCCGCGACGGAAGCUCAUCCAGGCGCCCAGGUUCAAUCUGUCCGCGGAGGACGAGGACGACGACGACCUGAGCGACAUCCCGCCCUCGAGCCCGCGCCUGGGACACACGCCCCUCAUCCAGGCCACCUCCGCCCGCAGUCCCACGCCCCACAACUCCCCUUCGCCGCCCACGUCACCAUGGUCGCGCAUGGCGUUCGACCUGGCCAAGUACGGCAGCACGGGCACCCCGGAGCGACGGCACUCCAUCACCCUGUGCGAGACGCCCUCUCAGGCACGCCCAUCCUCCAACUCCAUCACCCCGCCCUCGUCCAUGCCCCAGUCCACCAACACGUCGGCGCCCAUGUCCCCCGCCCACCAGGACUUCAUCCCCUCCACGUCGCAGACGCAGAGGGACUUCCUGUCGUCGGCACACUUCUCGUCACGGCUGGACUGCCUGGCCCUCACCCUGGAGGAGGUGGUCCACAUCCGCAACGUCCUGACGAAGGCCGACCUGGAAGCCCUGCCCCUCGACCUGUCCAUCAAGGAGGACAUGGCCAAGGGCAAGAUCUGCUUCCUGUGCAUGAAGACACGCUUCGGUUUCUUCGGCCCAAGAGGACAGGAUUGCAGACUUUGCAAGAGAACAGUGUGCAAGAAGUGUGUUACUAAGAUGCGCAUCCCCACCGAGCACUUUUCAAACAUCCCCGUGCAGAUGCUGACCCCACAGGCACUGUCUCCGCGAGAGGAGGACGAAGACAUGUCUCUGCCGCGCUCCAUCCUGUCGAGACUUACGGUUAGCAUCUGACAAGUUAUCUGUGUUUUGGCUCCUUUAUUUUAAGACAUAGAUUGGUUUACUUUA